AUGGAGCUCCACUUGAGAGUUGUGGAUUGGGGUGAGUCCAAGAGCCAAAGCGCGACCGAUUUGUUCGUUGUUCCAGUUGGAAACUCCAACAGACUUGGCGAGUCCGGUUUUAUAGACGGCAUCGAACUGGCGCCAGACGUCCUCGACUGGAGAGGCAACGUGCUGGCUCAUGUCAUCGUUGAAGGCAGUUGGCAUGUGAGCAAGGUAGAGAUCGACGUACUCAAGUUGGAGUUUCUUGAGAGAAGCACGGAGACCACCCUCAAGCUUUCCUGGAGCAAGCUCGUGAGUCCAGGCCUGAAAACACUCAGAAUUUCAAUAAAUUGUAAGCCUGUACCAACCUUGGUAGUGAUGAAGAGCUCCUCUCGCUUGACGACUCCUUCAUCAACCAACUCCUUGAUGGCAGUUCCGAUGGCUUCCUCGUUCUGGUAG